GUACUGACGACGUGCGAAACGCAGACCAACACAUGUAUGGAACGCGUCAGCAGGAUGGAGCUCGCUCGGCACGAACCCCAAUCCAUCCGUUUGUUUAACGGGAAAAGAGAAGAGAAUAGUGUGGUAUGAUGAAACGGGUUUGCAGCUGUUGAGGCGGACGCGUUGCGCGUGGAUCAACGUGAAAGUUAUCAGCGGGAACGCGCGUGGAAAGACUGGAUUUAAAGGGCCAGCAGCACGCAAACGCGAAGAUGGAAAGAUGCGCAUCGGUUCUGGAUCCAGAUCCCGAUAAACAGUAUUGCGAGCUGUGUGGAAAGAUGGAAAACCUUUUAAAAUGUGGCCGCUGCCGGAUUUCCUUCUACUGCAGUAAGGAACAUCAGAAACAGCACUGGAAAAAACACAAACUCACCUGCAGAGAGGCUGACAAGACCAAGACUGUGGCACAAACUCCACAUCAGCUGGAGAAACCACCCGAUCCAGAUAGAAAAGAUCUCAACAACAGAACCGAAAGCUCCGAAACUGACAGCGGUGCCACCAAACCCAAACCCCAAAGCCACAAACUGGCCACGGAGUAUAUAGUCCCAUGUAUGAACAAACAUGGCAUUUGUGUAGUUGACAACUUUCUGGGUGAAGACAUCGGGGUGUCCAUACUGGAGAAUGUGAAAGCUCUUCAUCAGACUGGUAAAUUUACUGACGGACAGCUGGUGAGUCAGAAGAGUGACUCUACGAAGGACAUAAGGGGGGAUAAAAUCACUUGGAUCGAGGGGAAGGAGCCUGGAUGCGAGAAGAUCCGCUUCUUGAUGAGUCGCAUGGAUGACCUGGUCAGGAAUUGCAAUGGAAAAAUGGGAAACUACUCAAUAAAUGGAAGGACUAAAGCGAUGGUGGCGUGUUAUCCGGGUAAAGGCACUGGUUAUGUGCGUCAUGUGGACAACCCGAACGGCGAUGGGAGAUGUGUCACAUGCAUAUAUUAUCUAAAUAAGAAUUGGGAUGCCAAGGAAAAUGGGGGUGUACUGCGAAUAUUUCCAGAGGGUAAAGCUCAGUUUGCGGACAUUGAACCCAAAUUUGACCGCUUGGUUUUAUUCUGGUCUGACAGACGAAACCCUCAUGAGGUCCAACCUGCAUAUUCUACAAGAUAUGCAAUUACCGUAUGGUAUUUUGAUGCUGAUGAACGGGCGAGAGCUAAAGAGAAGUACCUAACAGGUGCAGGUGAAAAAGGAGUGAAGGUGGAGCUAAACAAGCCGUCUGAACCAAGCUAAUCAAAUUAUCAUUAAUCUGGACUUUUCCUGGUUACCCGCUGCGUGGAAAAAAAAGAAGAGC